AUGCGCUUACAGGCUUCAGUUGGGGUUGCACUGGCCACGUUGCUCUCGUUCUCCGCAUCGAUCGCUACGGCCCAGAGCAACUACACCGAUGCCGCUGACCUCCAAUCUCCGCUCCUCUCCUUCGUCGACCGUCCUAAGGACUGUCCGCCCUGCUUCAACUGUCAACUAGACGCUUUCCAGUGUAACCAGUUCGCUCCUUGUGACAAGUUUACUGGGAAAUGUGUCUGUCCUCCGGGGUUCGGCGGUGAUGAUUGUUCGCAACCGGUCUGCGGCUCGCUCGCAGACGGCCACGAAAGAGCUCCUCGGAAGGACAAGUAUUGCUCUUGCGAAGAUGGCUGGGGUGGAAUCAACUGCAAUGUCUGUCAAACGGAUAAUGCAUGUAACGCAAUGAUGCCGGAAAGCGAAGGGGGUGUCUGUUACAAGCAAGGUGUCACGGUCAAGGAGAACUUCCAGAUGUGUGAUGUCACGAACCGCAAGAUUCUUGACCAGCUGAAGGAGAGAAAGCCCCAAGUGACUUUCUCUUGUGAGGCAGAGGACGAGACCUGCAACUUCCAGUUCUGGGUGGACCAAAGGGAAUCGUUCUACUGCGGCUUGGACAAGUGUGAAUGGGGCCUGGAAACCACCCACAACCAAAACAAAACACAUUACCGAUGCGAGACCAUCCAGUGCAAAUGUAUUCCAGGACGCAUGCUCUGUGGCGAGGAAGGCUCUAUCGACAUUGGCGAUUUUCUCAAGGAGUCUAUCCAAGGUCCAGCUUCCUUUUCGACUGUGUCAACCGUAGGCGGAAGCCCGGAAGAUGGCAGCAGAUUCCAGGAGCCAGCGAUGAAUGAUCUGAUCAAAAGUGUUUUCGGAGACGAAAGCAUCACUCUGAGCUGCGACGCCGGCGAAUGCUUGUACAGGACCGACGUUCCAGGAUACACCCGCCCGGUCAAGCAAAUCAACACUCCGCUGAUCGCGGGCGUCAUCGCAGGAUGUGCGCUUUUUGUUGUUGCGGUCAUCUUGACUGUGUGGUACCUGUCACGCCGGUCUUACCGUGGACGCAUUCAUCUUCCUCUAACCGACGAAUCGGAUGACGAGGCUGCCAAGCUUCUGGCAGAACACAGACCGGCAGCUCUGUACUGGGACGAUGUCUCAUACUACCUGAACGGAAAGGAGAUUCUAUCUGGAAUUCAAGGUGCCUCGCAGCCGGGCCAGAUCACCGCCAUCAUGGGUGCGUCGGGCGCUGGCAAAACCACGUUUCUGGACAUCUUGGCACGAAAGAACAAGCGGGGCGCUGUUCAGGGCAACUUCUACGUUAACGGCGAAAAACUCAAUGACCACGACUUCAAGGGUAUGAUCGGAUUUGUUGACCAGGAGGAUACGAUGCUUCCUACUCUAACCGUCCACGAAACCAUCCUGACUAGCGCGCUCCUGCGCUUGCCGAGGGACAUGGGCCGGGCAGCCAAAGAGCAACGGGUUUUCGAAGUUGAAAAGCAACUUGGAAUCUUCCACAUCAAGGACCAGCUUAUUGGAUCUGAGGAGGGUAAAGGCCGUGGUAUCUCUGGUGGCGAGAAGCGUCGGGUUGGAAUCGCCUGCGAACUGGUCACUAGUCCAAGCAUCCUCUUCCUCGAUGAGCCUACCAGCGGACUUGACGCUUACAACGCUUUCAACGUGGUCGAAUGUUUGGUGACUUUGGCCAAGACCUACAACCGGACGGUCAUCUUCACCAUUCACCAACCCCGAUCGAAUAUCGUCGCUCUCUUCGACCGCCUUGUUCUUUUGGCGCAAGGCAAGACCGUGUAUUCCGGCCCCUUCUCGACCUGUCAGCGAUACUUUGACAAUUCCGGAUACUCUUGUCCCCCCGGCUUCAACAUUGCGGAUUAUCUCGUGGACAUGACCAUGCAUGCUAGCGUUACUCGGUCCCAUCACGAUGAGAUUGAGUCGCCUCUGUUGGAUGUUCGCACCGACCCGCCCAAGACCGCUUCGAGUAGCCUGAGAGCGGUCAAGUCUGUCGCCAGCGCCUCGAACGCGAGCAUCGAGGACAAUUCUAGCAGUACCUUGGAUGCCAGUCGCCGACCGAAGAGCAAGCGCCGGGUCUCGCUCAAGCAACGCCAGGACAGACAGCUCUAUUCCCGGAAGAGGGAUAUGGAAACGCCCCCUACACCCAAAACAGAUGAAGAAGACGCCCAAAUUGAUGAUGUCGCGGAGAAUACUCAGCAGUGGCUGCGUCUUUCCCGUCAACCUGGCAACGUCCCUCCACAGAUUCUCGACGACCCGGAUCAGCUGCCGCCGGCGGCUCCUGGCCAAACCGACUUGGACAUUCUCGUUGCCAAUUACACGACGUCGGAUGUCGCUCGUUCCGUUCACGACGAGAUCGUAGCCGCGGUUCAAACUGCACGCGCAGCGAACGGAUCGACCAACUCUGACAUGCUGUCCGACCGCCCUACUGGAGUGCCGAAGAACUAUGCCCGUGUCGGCCUAAUCCGACAGUUUCUCAUUCUUUCGCAGCGAACCUGGCGCAACUUGUAUCGUAACCCGAUGUUGAUGCUCACGCACUACGCAAUCUCCAUCCUGCUGGCCGUGCUAUGUGGUUACCUUUUCUACGGUUUGACGGACGACAUCAAGGGCUUCCAGAAUCGACUGGGUCUCUUCUUCUUUAUUCUGGCGCUGUUCGGAUUCAGUACACUCACCAGUCUGACGGUCUUCUCUACGGAACGCCUUCUCUUUGUGCGUGAGCGAGCCAACGGUUAUUACCAUCCCAUCACAUAUUUCGCCUCCAAGGUGGUGUUUGACAUUGUACCCCUGCGAAUCCUCCCUCCCAUUAUCAUGGGAAUCAUUGUGUAUCCCAUGACAGGGUUGAUCCCGGCGUGGCCCGAAUUCUUCCGAUUCCUCUUGGUCCUGGUGCUUUUCAAUCUGGCGGCGGCUAACAUCUGUCUUUUCAUUGGCAUCGUUUGCCGCGACGGCGGAGUGGCCAAUCUGAUCGGCAGCUUGGUGAUGCUCUUCAGCUUGCUAUUUGCGGGUCUGCUGCUCAACCACGACGCAAUUCCCAAGUCUGCUCUGUGGCUGCAAACGCUGUCCAUCUUCCAUUACGGCUUUGAGGCUCUGAUUGUCAACGAGGUUACGUUCCUGACCCUCAUCGACCACAAGUACGGAUUAGACAUUGAGGUCCCGGGGGCCUCUAUUCUGAGCGCAUUCGGAUUCGACACGCUCGCAUUGUGGACGGAUGUGAUUGGACUGGCCAUCAUCUCGGGGGCGUUUAUUGUGAUCGCCUACGCUGCCAUGCAUCUGUUGCUGGUUGAGAAGCGGUGA